AUGAGCUUGAAAGUGGGGGAAAAAGAAGAGGACUUCUCUGUUGCCAUCACCGGAGAAAGAAGGAGAAAGUUAUGUGGUCUCGCCGAAGAGUUAGGUUUUGGGUGGUUGUCGUUAUCCACUCUUAGGAACAGUGAACUUCCUAAGAGGUUGGAGAAAUGGUCCCUCUUUAUUUCUAUAUGGGUUUUUAGGGUUGCUGUUUGGCUUGCAAUUUUGGGUUGGCUGACUUGCCGGUUCAAAUACCAAUACUGGAAGGUCUCUGGAGUCCACUCUCAAAUGCUGGCUAAUAUAUUAAAGAAAGAUCUUUUAAACGGUAUACAGUUGGAUUUGAUUUAUGCUCACAAGGUGUUUGAUGUUUUGCUUUCUUCCGCUUCUUUGCUCUUCGUCGCUAUCUUCUUCAGCAACAACAACGUUACUUGGAAACCAUGGAUGGAAAUAGAUCAAGCUACACUGCCAAUGUUGGAAAAAGUUUCAGUUAUAGCUGGGAAAGCAUGUGAUGAUCUUAGUUGGAAUUUUGAUCCUUUGCCUUUGUUGCCCUUCCAGGUAAUUUGGCAUUAUUUGGAAAACUGCAGCAGUCGAGGCUAA